AUGACAGACAGUGCACCAGCAAGAAGUGGAGAACGCCCAUCUCGUGGAUCAUUUGGUCGUGGCCGUGGAGGCCGGCCAUCAGGCCCGCCUCGCCAAGCUAAGGAUUCCGAAAAGGAAUGGGUUCCAGUAACCAAACUUGGCCGUCUUGUAAAAGAUGGAAAAAUCAAGUCUAUUGAGGAGAUUUAUCUUUUUUCUCUCCCCAUCAAGGAAUACCAAAUCAUCGAUCACUUUUUCCCCAAGCUGGCAGAUCAUGUCAUGAAAAUUAUGCCUGUCCAGAAGCAAACACAAGCUGGUCAGCGUACUCGCUUCAAGGCUUUUGUUAUUGUUGGUGACUCUGAUGGUCAUGUUGGGCUUGGUGUUAAGUGUGCCAAAGAAGUUGCCACAGCCAUCCGCGGUGCCAUCAUUAAUGCCAAGCUCGCCAUUAUCCCUGUACGCAGAGGAUAUUGGGGAUCUAACAUGGGUGAGCCGCACACAGUCCCUGUAAAGGUGACGGGAAAAUGUGGCUCUUCAAUGAUGCGUCUUGUUCCUGCUCCCCGUGGAACUGGAAUUGUUGCUGCUCCUGUGGCAAAGCGCCUCCUUCAAUUGGCCGGCAUUUCUGAUUGCUAUACUACGACUCGUGGUAAGACCCGCACGCUUGGUAACUUUAUUCGCGCAACCUUUGCUGCAAUCCAAAAUACCUAUACUUUUAUUACUCCUGAUCUAUGGCGCGAGACUCGCCUCAGAUCCACUCCAUAUGAAGAGUUUUCGGGCCAUCUUUCUCGUGAAAUGGCACGCAAUUAA